CAAACAAAAAUCACUGAACUUGAUUGAUCUCACAUGUUCCAAAUCCUCUCCACUCUCAAGAACCGUUCCAAUUACAAGAUCCCCAACGUCAAACAGGUUCGUUAUCUGUUUUACAAAAAGCAAAACGCUUUCAAAAUCACUUCUUUUACUGGCUCUUCACUCUCACCAGCAUCAUCACAACUCCAAAUAAACGAACCCCACAUAGAUUUAUCUUCAAUAGACUGCUCUGGUGUUGCAAAAUCUGUUCUUUUGAAGUGUUCCCAUUUGUUAGAGGGAAAGAAAGAUAUUAAGUCAGGUGCUAGUGCCUCAUUAAAGGGACUGCUUUUGGAUUUAUCAGAUGCGGUGCCUGAAACUACGCGUAAAUUUUUGAGGGUUUUGGAGCUGAAACCUGAACAUGUGCUUGAAAUAUUACUGGGUUUUCAAUAUGAGUGUGAAAAGGUUGGAUACGAGAGGGGAAAGGUUGAGACUUUAUGGGAAAUUUUUAAGUGGGCUAGUGAGAAGAAUAGAGGUUUUAAGCAUCUUCCUAGGUCUUGUGAGGUUAUGGCCUGGAUGCUUAUGAGGGUGGGGAUGUUUAAAGAAGUUGAGUAUUUGGUUUUGGCUAUGGAUGGUGAGGGAGUUUUGUUGAAUGGAAAUGAAAUUUUUGGUAAAUUGAUUGAAGGGUGUAUUAGCAUUGGUGAGUUAGAAAGGGCUGUUUUGGUGUUUGAACGAAUGAGGGGGCGGGGCUUAGUUCCCUCAUUGUCGUGUUAUCGUGUUUUUAUUGAUCAUUUGGUUGAAAUGAAGAGAACCCAAUUGGCUUUUCAAGUGUGUUUGGAUAUGAUGGAGAUAGGGGUUAAUUUGAGUGAUGUAGAAAAGGCUUGUAUUGAGAAUGUUGUUAGAUUACUUUGUAGAGAAGGAAAGAUUCAAGAGUCGAGAAAUCUUGUUCGGAAGGUUCUGGCCUUCGGGUUGGAGCCAAGUGGGUUUUUGCUUAAUGAGAUUGCUUGUGGAUAUUGUGAGAAGAAGGACUUUGAAGAUUUGCUAAGUUUCUUCAUCGAAAUGAAGUGUGCACCGGAUAUUCUGACUGGCAAUAAGACUGUUCAUACACUCUGUUGCAUCUUUGGGGUGGACAGAGCAGAUUUCUUCAUGCAGGAAUUGGAGUGUUUAGGUUUCAGACCCGAUGAAAUAACCUUUGGGAUAUUGAUUGGGUGGAGUUGUCGUGAAGGGAAUUUGAGAAGUUCUUUCAUUUAUCUAUCAGAGAUUUUUUCAAGAGGCUUAAAGCCUAAUGCUCGUUCUUACAGUUCUCUUAUAAGUGUGCUGUUUAAAGAGGGUAUGUGGAAGCAUGCCAACGACAUUCUUGAUGAGAUGGUAAAUAAUGGCACACAUCCUACUUUAUCCAUUUACAGACUUCUUUUGGCCGGGUAUUGUAAAGCUAGGCAAUUUGAUGAAGCAAGAGUGACUAUCUCUGAGAUGGCCAAACUUGGUUUCAUUGAACUCUCUUCACUGGAGGAUCCGCUUUCCAAGGCAUUUGAAAUUCUGGGGCUCAAUCCAUUGACUGUGAGAUUGAGAAGGGACAAUGAUGUGGGAUUUUCUAAAACAGAAUUUUUUGAUAAUCUUGGGAAUGGACUUUAUUUAGAUACAGAUCAGGAUGAGUUUGACAAAAGAGUAACUAAGAUUCUUGAAGAUUCCAUGAUUCCUGAUUUUAACUCUCUUGUAAUGGUGGAAUGUGCUCAUAGAAAUUUAAAAGCUGCACAGCUGUUGGUAAAUGAAAUGGAUCAGUGGGGUCAAGAACUGUCUUUGUUCGUCUUCUCAGCAUUAGUGAAGGAUCUGUGCGCCUCUCGUUCUCAUAUCAAGGCAUGUACCAUUCUCUUUGAGAAACUGCCGAAAUUGGCUAAUCAGCUAGACCAUGAAACUCUUAAUUUGCUUGUUCAAGCAUGCUGCAAGAAGGGAUUGGUCCACAAUGGGAAGGUAGUCUUUUUCGGAACGCUCCAGAGAAAUCUAACCAUCAAGAAUGAAACUUAUACUGCUCUAUUAACCGGUUUGUGUAAGAAAGGAAUCUUGAGGGACCUCCAUGAUUGCUGGAAUAUUGCUAUAAAUAAGAACUGGUUACCAGGGUUGGAAGAUAGUAAAAAACUUGUGGAAUGUCUUUGCCAUCGGAAAAUGCUGAAGGAAGCACUAGUGCUUCUUGAGCACAUGCUAGAGUUCUACCCUUAUUUAAGGUCAGAUAUUUGUCAUGUGUUCCUGGAGAAGCUUUGUGUUAUGGGUUUUUCCACGGCUGCACAUGCAUUGGUGGAACAACUUUUUCAGCAGGGCUGCAACUUGGGUCAAAUGGCUUAUAGCCAUGUCAUAAAAGGAUUGUGUGAGGAGAAAAAAAUUUCAGUUGCCGUUAAGGUGUUGGACUCUAUGUUGGCUAAGAACAUGGCCCCUUGCUGGGAUGUUUGUCUUAUAUUAAUUCCUCGGUUGCUCAGAGCUGAUGGAUUUAAUAAAGCUAUUGCAUUACGAGAGAUUAGCUUGAAGGAGCAAUCUGUGUUAUCAUUUUCUUUUGAAGGUGCUUUAAUAAAAGGAUUUUGUAUGACAGGGAAGGUUGAAGAAGCAUCUAGUGUAUUCCAGGAUAUGUUAUCCAAAGGGCUGCCUGCAGAAGCUGAAUUAUGUAAUAUGCUGAUUGAAGGGCAUUGCCAAGUUAACAACACGAGGAAGGUCAGGGAGCUACUUAGUGUCAUCAUAAGAAAAAAAUUAAGCCUCUCAAUCUCUUGUUACCGAAAUUGUGUUCGCUGGAUGUGUAUGGAGGGUAGGGUCCCUUGGGCAUUUAGCCUGAAGGAGCUCAUGCUAGGACAAAACAACACUGAUAACCUCGUCAUCUAUAACAUUUUGGUUUUCUAUCUUCUCUCGUCGGGGAACAAGUUUCUUGUGAAUAAGGUUUUAAAUGAAUUGGUAGAGAAUAGAUUGCUGCCUGAUGAAGUUACUUACAAUUUUCUUGUAUAUGGAUUUUCGAAGUGUAAAGAUGUCUCAGGUUCUGUGCAGUAUCUUUCUACUAUGAUUUCAGAGGGACUUAAACCAAGCAAUCGCAGCUUAAGAACAGUUAUAAGCUGCUUGUGUGAUGUUGGGGAACUUGGAAAAGCAUUGCAGUUGAGUCAAGAAAUGAUAUUAAAAGGCUGGGUUCAUGAUUCAAUCAUUCAAAAUUCAAUUGUUGAGGGUCUUCUUUCUCGCUGGAAGCUUCAAGAAGCAGAACAUUUUCUGCAUAGUAUUGUAGAUAAAGGUCUAAUCCCCAAUACCAUCAAUUACGAUAGGCUAAUUAAACGCUUUUGCGGGUAUGGAAGACUGAACAAGGCAGUUGAUCUUUUGAACAUAAUGUUAAAGAAGGGAAAUGUCCCCAAUUCCGCUAGUUAUGAUUCUGUAAUUCAAGGUUUCUGUACACGCAAUAAACUGGACCAAGCUCUGAAUUUUCAUACUGAGAUGUUGGCUAGGGAUCUGAAGCCAAGUACGAACACAUGGAACACACUUGUCCGUAGAUUGUGUCAAGAAGGACAUACUGCAGAAGCAGAAAAGCUCUUGAUUUCAAUGAUUCAUAUAGGCGAAACUCCAACCAGGGAGAUGUACUCUUGUGUAGCUAAUCGGUAUUGCCUGGAAAACAAUCUCAAGAAGGCAUCAGAGCUCAUGCAAGCAAUGCAACGAAGCGGUCAUAGUCCGGAUUUUAGCUCACACUGGUCUCUGAUAAGUAACUUAAGCAAUUCCAGUGACAAGGCCAGCAGCAAUGACAACAGCCAAGGUUUUUUGUCAAGGCUUCUUUCUGGAAGUGGAUUUUCAUGGAGAAAGGACUCCAAAACCAAACUAGGUUGAUACUGCAACAUAAUGAUUGAGCUUCUUAUCUUUAUUAAUUGAUUUUUUUCAUUUUUGUAUUUGUGUAUUACAUCAUAUAAUACUAAACAGGAAAAUUGUUCCUCUAGCUAGCCAGUAUAGAAAACUGAUCUCUUGUAGCAUGACAUGUAUACAACUGAAGUGAAAUUUUCCUGCUGAAAUAAGUAUUUCAUCUUUGCUUCUA